GGCGGCGGCGGCGGAGGAGAUGGCGGAGGAGGAGGCAGCGGAGGCUCCGCGGCUCAGGCUUGUCAACUUCAUCUCCGAGGAGCAGAUCGAUCAAGCGAAGAGGACGAGAGGAGAGCGCGCCGACGAUGGAACCGCGCAGAGAGACAAGCCCCUGUACGAGAUCCUAAAGGAGAAUAAAGACCGGAAGGAUGCAGAAUUCAACGAAAGAUUCAAGCAUAGACCACCCAAAGCGCUGGAUGAGGAUGAGACCGAGUUUUUGGACAAUUUGGAGUCGUCGAGGAGGGAAUAUGAGCAGCAGUUGGCGAAUGAGGAAGCAGAAGAACUUCGUAUUUUCCAGGAAGCGGUAGCUGCACGAGCCUCUAUUGUCCGCGAACUAAAAGAUACUCCUACCGUCCCCACGGCCGAGGAAAAGAAACCAGCUGCGAAGAGGAGUCAGCCUGCGGGUCCAAGAAACAUAUUUAUAUCUGUGAAACCACAGGAGAAGAAGGCGAAGACCGGCCCCGAGUCAAAGAAGUCCACUCAAGUUCCGCAAAAGCCAUUUUUGCCGUCAAACAAGUCCACUCAAGUUCCGCAAAAGCCAUUUUUGCCGUCAAACGGACAUGUGAAUGAUAAGCCGCCCAACGACGAUGAUGAUGGUAGUACAAAGGUUGACGAUGAUGAUGGUAGUACCAAGGUUGGCGCAUUGGGAGCUUUGGCCUCAUACGGCAGCGAAGGUGAAGAAGAUGAGUGAGCACUAACUGCGCUUAUUUGAAGCUUUUGCCUUCAGCCGAAGCGCGCGCUUAUUUUAAGCUUUUGUCUUACGCGGAAGCCACCGCAAAGAAGCAAAGCUCAAGCGAUGAUUGCUGCGGUCCUGAGCUUUUAUUUAAGUUUUCGUUUUUAUUAAGCAGCUCCGAGCACGACACAGUUGCUUGUUUGUAAUCUAUGGAUGAUUCAUUUGUGCAUAUCCACUGAAUCAGUGUAUUUCUUUA